GUGCGAGCCAUGGCAUCUCUCCACCACAAGCACCUCGUUCGCCUGCUGGGCUUCUGUCUUGAUCAGAAUGUGGAGACGGGCAAGCAGGAGCAGAUCCUUGUGUACGAGUUUAUGGCCAACAGGGACCUCGAGUACCAUAUCCACAAGACCGAAAAUCCUCUCUCGCUGCGCCAGAGGUUGCGCCUGGCGCAGGGAGCAGCAGAGGGCUUGGCAUACCUGCACGGGUUUGACACACCCAUCGUUCACCGCGACAUCAAGCCGGCCAACAUCCUUGUGACUGCCGACUUUCAAGCCAAGGUGGCUGACUUUGGGCUGCUCAAGCGCCUCACUCACGGCGAUGCUAAUGCCACGCGAGUGGCUGGCACUCCGGGCUAUGUGGACCGGAUUACAACCGCACCAAUGUCAUCACUGUCAAGAGUGACGUUUUCAG